GUGGUUUUCCCACACAGUGUAGCGUGCUGCAGAUUUGCAUAAAUCCCAGCGGAUUGGGUCACCCGCCGCGCGCCCACGGGUUGAACUCCGAGAGCUGAGCUGUUGGGGGCGAAUCGCUGGAAGAACGUUCCCCUGAGGAGUUCAGUGCUGAUGUUGCUCUUUCCCUUCCCAGCGGCAGAGUUCGGGGAGCCAGCUUCCGAGCAGACGGGGGCAGCUGCUGGGAAAACUGUGGCUCAACCCGCAGCCCCCGCGUCCUGGAAGCCCCAGGAUUCUUCGGAACAGCCACAGGAGAGGCUCUGCAGGAAUCCGUGUGCGAUGUUUGCUGCUGGAGAGAUCAAAACGCCGACGGGGGAGGGCCUUUCCGACUCACCCAGCAAAACCAUGUCUAUUAAAGAAAGAUUGGCACUGUUGAAGAAGAGCGGGGAGGAAGAUUGGAGAAACAGACUCAGCAGGAAGCAGGAGGGCGGGAAGGCGCCGGCCAGCAGCCUGCACAUCCAGGAGGCAGGGCGGUCCCUCAUCAAGAAGGAAGAAGGAGGAGUUGCGGAUGAUGAUGCCAUUUCUAACCUGCUUUGGGAACCUUACAUGCUUCUACUUACUCUCCUGCUAUUCCUGCUGCCCAUAAAUACCUGUGUUUUGUGUCGAUUAAUCAGGAAGGGAAGGCCCCUUUUCCUCUGUCAACCCCCAUCUUUCCGGGGCGUUAAGAAAAUGAACUGUGCCAGCCUCCACCCUCUUCCUGUCGCUCCUGAAUCAGGAAGUUCCCUCCCGUGGGGCAGAGCAGGGAAGUGGUGGCCAGUGGGGUGGAAAGGCCUGGGGAGAGUCUCUAGGAUGGCUUCGCUCGGGUCUGUCCGAGUCCUCCCUGUGUCAGCGCGAGGCCUUAGGAUCACGCAGAUCCACGGUGAUGUCAUAGCCGAGAAAGACGCCUUAGGAAGGCAGAGAAGCUGGGGACCUGCUGGAGAAGGUUUGGCGUCACCCACUGCCAUAACCCCAGUGGCCUCACCCAUUUGCAGUAAAACCAGAGGCACCACACCCGUUUCCAAACCCCUGGAAGAUAUCGAAGCCAGACCAGAUAUGCAGUUAGAAUCGGACCUGAAGUUGGACAGGCUGGAAACCUUUCUAAGGAGGCUGAAUAACAAAGUUGGCGGGAUGCAAGAAAUGGUGCUCACCGUCACCAGCAAAUCUGUGAAGGAGGUGAUGAAGUCGGAUGAUGAUGAAACCUUUGCCAAAUUAUACCGCAGCGUGGAUUAUAAUGUGCCGAGAAGCCCUGUGGAGCUGGACGAGGACUUCGAUGUCAUUUUUGAUCCCUAUGCACCCAAACCGCACACUGCUGUGGCUGAGGACAACCGGGCAGUCAGGCCCAAGCGCCGGGUUCAGGCCUCCAAAAACCCCCUGAAAAUGCUGGCGGCCAGAGAAGAUCUCUUUCAGGAAUACACCGAGCAGAGACUAAACGUUGCCUUCAUGGAGUCAAAGCGGAUGAAAGUAGAAAAGAUGUCUUCCAACUCCAGCUUCUCAGAAGUCACCCUGGCAGGUUUAGCCAGUAAAGAAAACUUCAGCAGCGUCAGCCUGCGGAGCGUGAACCUGACGGAACAGAACUCCAACAACAGCGCCGUGCCCUACAAGAGGCUGAUGCUGCUGCAGGUUAAAGGAAGAAGACACGUGCAGACCAGGCUGGUGGAGCCUCGGGCCUCGGCGCUCAACAGCGGGGACUGCUUCCUCUUGCUCUCUCCCCACUGCUGCUUCCUGUGGGUAGGAGAGUUUGCAAACGUCAUAGAAAAGGCAAAGGCCUCAGAACUUGCAGCUUUAAUUCAGACAAAGAGGGAACUUGGUUGUAGAGCUACUUACAUCCAAACCAUUGAAGAAGGAAUUAAUACACACACUCAUGCAGCCAAAGACUUCUGGAAGCUUCUGGGUGGCCAAACCAGUUACCAGUCUGCUGGAGACCCAAAAGAAGAUGAACUCUAUGAAGCAGCCAUAAUAGAAACUAACUGCAUUUACCGCCUCAUGGAUGACGAACUUGUGCCUGAUGAUGACUACUGGGGGAAAAUUCCAAAGUGCUCCCUUCUGCAGCCCAAAGAGGUACUGGUGUUUGAUUUUGGUAGUGAAGUUUACGUGUGGCAUGGGAAGGAGGUCAUGUUAGCACAACGAAAAAUAGCAUUUCAGCUGGCAAAGCACUUAUGGAAUGGAACAUUUGACUAUGAGAACUGUGACAUCAACCCACUGGAUCCUGGAGAAUGCAAUCCGCUUAUCCCCAGAAAAGGACAGGGGCGGCCCGAGUGGGCAAUAUUUGGGAGACAACACAACGAGACGAUUUUGUUCAAAGAGAAGUUUCUGGAUUGGACGGAACUGAAGCGACCGCAUGAGAAGAACCCCGGGGAGCUUGCCCAGCACAAGGAAGACCCCAGGGCCGAUGUCAAGCCGUACGACGUGACGCGGAUGGUGUCCAUGCCCCAGACGACAGCAGGCACCAUCCUCGACGGGGUGAACGUCGGCCGCGGCUAUGGCCUGGUGGAAGGGCACGACAGGAGGUAGUUUGAGAUCACCAGUGUCUCCGUGGAUGUGUGGCACAUCCUGGAAUUCGACUAUAGCAGGCUCCCCAAACAGAGCAUCGGGCAGUUCCACGAGGGGUGCGCCUAUGUGGUCAAGUGGAAGUUCAUGGUGAGCACGGCAGAUCCUGGAAGUUUUAACUUCGCACCUCACCUGUUCAUCCUCAGCAGCUCCUCUGGGGAUUUCGUAGCCACCAAGUUCGUGUAUCCCGCCCGAGCCCCCUCUGUGGUCAGUUCCAUGCCCUUCCUGCAGGAAGAUCUGUACAGCGCGCCCCAACCAGGGAAAAUUUGGAAGUGGAGGCAGGCAUGCACAGAGGGAAGGCCACGUGCAGAUGCCUGGGGAGAAGACGGCCUCUGCAAGCCCAGAAGAGCGGCCUCAGAAGAAACCAACCUGGUCUACACCUUGAUCUCAGACUUCCACCUUCUAGAGCUGCCAGGCAAUAAAGGUUCUAUUGUUUAA